GCUUUGGUCGUGGAAAGAUCCUCGGUAAAUACCGCCCCCCAGGCCAUCUACAGACUCACCCUCACCUGACAAUUUGUCUGAGAAAGAGCUUACGACUACCAACCUUGCAUUUUCCGAUAGCAAUGGCCGGACCAACGACCAAAGAGCAGCAGUCUGUGACAGCUCAUCUCCUCGACCUCCCGGGCACAAAGGAGCUCUACCCGCGCGCCACGCAGUCCCGCUUUCUCGAGCUCGCAGGCCAGGGCAAACUGCCGCGCCACUAUCUGUCACAAUGGCUCUCCCAGGACCGGCUGUACGCUCAGGCGUACGUGCGCUUCAUCGGUGGGCUUACGUCGUUGGUUGAACUCCCACUUGCGACGGCUGCGCGGUCGCAGCAGCAGCAGCAGCCGGGUCAGAGAGACACGGAAACGAGCAGCACGCUGGAGUGGCGGAUCCUCGAGAUGCUGAGGGGCUGUUUGGACAACAUCUUGCGCGAGCUCAAGUUCUUCGAGGAUACUGCGGCUCAGUAUGGGAUUGACCUGGCAAGCAUUGGCGGCGGCAAACAAGGACACGAUGUCGAGAGCGCUGGCUCAGGAGACGCGUUUGGGCCGAACGGGACUACGCAGGGAUACAUCAACUUAUUCGACUCGUUCGGAGGCAGGAUCAGGGCCGCCGAGGCACGGGUGAGCGGCGAGCGGCUGAGCGACAAAAUGCUGCUGCUCAAGGGCCUUGUUGUGCUCUGGACUACAGAGAAAGUGUACCUUGACGCAUGGCUGUAUGCGGCGGCGGCGGGAGGAGGGGACGGGACCAAGGAUUCCAACGAAGAUGAGGACGGAGACGCGUUAAGAAUGGCCUUUAUUCCGAACUGGACAUCGGACGAGUUCAAGGCGUUCGUGGAGGAAAUUCGAGUGUGUCUCAAUCAGUUUGCGACCAGGAUGCAGCACGAGGAGGGGCAUGAAGAUGUGGUCACAGCCGCCAGUGAGGUGUUCAAGACUGUCCUCUCACUGGAGGAAGGAUUCUGGCCAAAGGUAGAAUGAAUUGGCCAAGAAGCAUUUGAUACAAGCUCGCUUUCUUUGGCGGCGAUUCCCCAAUAUGCUUUCCAGAAUGCUUCGUUGGAC